GCGGAAGGAGGUGAAGCUUGGGACACUGGAUCCGAUCUACGUGAAAACUCAGCAACAGCCAGCCGACUUCCUUACCAAGCGGCUAGCUGAAGAGCCACACUGGCGAUGUGCGAGGAUGGCGGGAAUGUCCUUGAACUAGAGACGGCGAAACAAGCCGACAGUCUGAGGGGGAGUGUGUUGGUGCAUAUUCGUUUGCACGUCAUCUGUCGUCUGUUCGCAUCAUUCCGUUGCAUGUGUUUUGUGUGCUACAUUGUUUGUGUGGUUUGUUGGGUUUGCAUGUCUUUGCAUGUUUAUCUUGUGUUUGUGCAGAUGUGCUUGGAUUGUGCAUGGCAUCGAGCACAUUCCAACGAGCCAAGAAUUGUUGGAAUCGGAGCACAUAUGAAGAAGUUACGAAGAGGUGUUUGAUGGAUUUGUUACAACUCAUUGGAAGUCCUUGGCAGCUGCUACACCAAAGUUGGAGAGCCCUAUAACGAGGAGGGACCAGCAUGUGUGGGGCUUUUGUCCUCACCUUGCAGCUGCAGCAUUUGGGGUUUGGAGGCCAACCUGGCACAGUGUGAAUUUUGUCUUGCCAGGCUGGCUGAACCUGAGGAUGGGGAGUCAAGAUUUUGACUCUUGUCAUGUUCUUGACCAAGGGCCUCCAGGGUCCUUCCCUUUCAUCCUUCCCUUCCAUCCCCACCUUCCAACUGUGCUUCAAUGCCUUUCCUAUCAUGCCUCUGAACUUGUAAGCUUCAAUCAUAGUGAUUCUGAGGACUGUCAAUUUCUCCUAGGGCAGAUUACCCCCAGUGCGCCAAUCGCCAUAGCUCACUCGAAAAGCUACGGAAUUGAGUGAUUCAACUUUCAGUGGAAAGC